GGGGGCCGGGAGGCGGGCUCGGCACAGGACGGCUGGACGCGGGAGCGGCCCAGGGUCAGGCCGGGACGGGGAGGUGCCCCCGGGCCGCAGCCGGCUCCCACCGCGGAGGCGAGAUGGAGGGCACCAGAAUAAAAUAGGCAUGGCAGUGUGAUGGUUUGCUUUGGAGAAAAAGGUCUGAGGAAGGGAGAAGUUAAUCCUGUUUUUUGGAAAUAGCAAACAGGAGAUGCUCCAGAAGAAGAAGAAUGCUGUUUUGGUGGAUGGCGUCAUCCUAAAUGGUCCGAUAAUGGACUCAAAGGCAGGAGAGAAGUUUGUGGAAGAGGCCUGUAAGAUUAUAAUGGAAGAAGUCAUCCAGAAAGCUGAUGAUGUAACAGAAAAGGUUUGUGAAUGGCGAGCCCCUGAAACACUGAAGCAGAUUCUUGACCUGGAAAUGAGGGACACCGGAGAAUCUCAUCAGAAACUCUUGCAACUCUGCCGGGAUGUUAUACAAUACAGCGUCAAAACCAGUCAUCCAAGAUUUUUCAAUCAACUGUAUGCUGGAAUAGAUUAUUACUCGUUAGCGGCUCGUUUCAUUACAGAAGCACUGAAUCCAAGUGUAUAUACAUAUGAAGUAUCCCCCGUGUUUCUGUUGGUGGAAGAAGCAGUCAUCAAGAAAAUGAUUGAGUUCAUAGGCUGGGAAGAGGGUGAUGGCAUAUUUAAUCCAGGUGGCUCUGUUUCUAAUAUGUACGCUAUGAACUUAGCAAGAUACAGAUUUUGUCCUGAGAUAAAGGAAAAAGGGCUUUCGGGUUUGCCAAGGCUAGUCCUGUUCACUUCAGAAGAGUGUCAUUACUCCAUGAAGAAGGCAGCCUCCUUCCUGGGUAUCGGUACAGAGAAUGUAUACUUCAUCAAAACAGAUGAAAGAGGUAAGAUGAUACCUGAGGAACUGGAGAAACAAGUCCAACGGGCCAGGAAAGAGGGGUCAGCACCAUUUCUUGUCUGUGCUACAGCAGGCACAACAGUGCUGGGAGCAUUUGAUCCUCUGGAUAAAAUUGCCGAUAUCUGUGAAAAGCAUGGCCUCUGGCUUCAUGUUGAUGCUUCUUGGGGUGGCUCAGCUUUGAUAUCAAGGAAGCAUUGCAGACUUCUUCAUGGCAUCCAUAGGGCUGAUUCUGUCGCCUGGAAUCCCCAUAAAAUGCUGUUGGCAGGAAUCCAGUGCUGUGCUCUUCUGGUGAAAGACAACUCUGGCCUCCUGAAGAACUGUUACUCUGCCAAGGCUGCGUACCUGUUCCAGCAGGACAAGUUCUACGAUGUCAGCUAUGACACUGGUGACAAGUCCAUUCAGUGCAGCAGGCGUCCGGAUGCAUUCAAGUUCUGGCUGAUGUGGAAAGCAUUGGGCACCACAGGCCUGGAGGAGAGAGUAGACAGGGCGCUGGCUUUGGCUAGAUAUCUAGUGGAGGAAAUCAAGAAAAGAGAGGGAUUCCAGCUUCUUUUGGAGCCGGAGUAUGCAAACGUUUGCUUUUGGUACAUUCCACCAAGCUUAAGAAAAAUGGAGGAUGGACCUGAAUUUUGGCAGAAGCUACAUCAGGUUGCUCCUAUAAUUAAAGAAAGGAUGAUGAAGAAGGGCAGCAUGAUGCUUGGGUACCAGCCGCACCGGGGCAAAGUCAACUUCUUCCGUCAGGUGGUGAUCAGCCCGCAAGUUAGUCGAGAGGACAUGGACUUCUUGCUGGAUGAAAUUGAACUGCUUGCGAAGGACUUGUAGCUGUAGCUCCAUAGCACCAAGCGCUGCUCAUGUGUGAUACUUAUGAAGGGAGAAUGGCAGCAGCAUUCUGGUGCUAUUUUGUGAAAGAUAGUAAAAAGCUUGACAUAUACUUUGGAAACUGUCAUUUAGCAGAGUGAUGUUGAGAGCUUUGCAGGUAGAACACCCCUUCACGGAAAGUAUUUGCUGAUGGGGGCUGAGAGCGGCCGGGGGCAGGCCAGUGCUUGCAGCACCGCUGCUGCCAUUCCGGGAAGGGUUUCCUCGAGAAGGGAGCACUUCUGAAAAUGGUGUCUACGUCCCAGGGAGGGCAGCUAUUUAUGGGGUGCCUGCGCAUAGCGUAGCUCAAACUGGUCACUCACAUAUGCAGGCAAUACUCCUCUGAAGUUACUGUUAGGAGUAGAUUUAGCUCGGCGAGCUUUAAAAUGCUAGUUAAUACUCUGUCUACUGUCAAUAUUUUAGUUUGAUAUGUGUUUAAGGGUAGAGGCCUGCUUGGUAAUUACACUGAUAAGACUGGAAAUCGUGGAUUUACAUGAACAGUUCCUCAAGGCCCCUAAGUCGGUGGAUUGCCCAGGUUCUCUGCCGUGAGCACAGGCAGACAGUAGGACAGGGGUCCUACAGGUGGGCUUGUGCAGUCGCCAUCCUUUUUGCAGGGAGGUUUGCAGGACCCACCCGCACAAAGCCCUCAGCAACCAAUAUUGACCAUGCCUGGAGCAGGCUGAACUAGAUGACCUACUAAGGUCCCCUCCAACCUAA